AUCGAUUCGUCAACAAUAAUCACUGCUGAAUUGCAUUUGCCUGUCGAUCUGUAGCUACCUAAGUUUGAAUCAAUGGGGGAUCCCUCCAGAAUCAUGCCUCGCACCACCACUCUCCGGCCGCACUCCAGGCGCUUCCUCGAUUCUAUCGCAGCUCUCCUUUCAUCCCACCGCACUGUCCUCGCUCUUGCCUGGGCCCUAGGAUUCAUACUAAUUAUCGCCUUCCAAAGGUCCGCCACUGAGAGGUUCUGGAGCGCCCCUCCCCGGCCCAUUCCCAGGCUUCGGAAAUUCGUCUUCAACCUCACCGAUUUCGGGGCGGUGGGUGAUGGGGUUACUGUGAAUACGAAAGCUUUCGAGGCUGCAAUUGCCCGAAUUCGGAGGCGAGGUGGGGGGCAGCUCAAUGUGGAGCCUGGGCGGUGGCUAACGGCGCCGUUUAACCUCACCAGUCACAUGACUUUGUUUCUCGCAGAAGAUGCCAUUAUUCUCGGAAUCGAUGAUGAAAGCUACUGGCCACUAUUACCUCCUUUGCCAUCUUAUGGCUAUGGAAGAGAACGGGCUGGACCACGAUAUGGAAGUUUGAUCCAUGGUCAAAACUUGAGGGAUAUUGUGAUAACAGGACACAAUGGUACCAUCAAUGGACAAGGUCAGACGUGGUGGACUAAGUAUCGUAAGAAACAAUUGAAUCACACUAGGGGUCCCCUGAUUCAGCUUAUGUGGUCAAGGGACAUACAUAUAUCAGAUGUAACUCUCCGUGACUCUCCAUUCUGGACUCUUCAUCCUUAUGAUUGUCAGAAUGUUACUAUCAGAAAUGUUACGAUAUUAGCUCCGCUUUCUGGUGCGCCAAACACUGACGGAAUUGAUCCUGAUUCAUGCACGAGUAUGUUGAUAGAGAAUUGUUAUAUAAGUGUUGGUGAUGAUGCAAUUGCAAUCAAAAGUGGCUGGGAUCAGUAUGGAAUUGCUUACGGGAGACCUUCAACUGAUAUUCUCAUACGUAAUGUCAUCGUGCGCUCAAUGAUAAGUGCAGGAGUUUCAAUCGGCAGUGAAAUGUCUGGUGGAGUCUCAAGAGUAAUCAUUGAGAAUCUUCUUGUUUGGAGCUCAAAACGAGGUGUUAGAAUCAAGACAAGUCCUGGCAGGGGUGGAUAUGUCCGACAAGUAACCUACCGAAACCUUACCUUAGACAAUGUUAGGGUGGGCAUUGUAAUGAAGACUGAUUACAAUGAACACCCGGACGAAGGCUAUGACCCAAACGCCCUUCCACAUAUUGAAGACAUUAACUUUGACAGGAUUCACGGACAGGGAGUUCGAAUCCCAGUUCGUAUCUAUGGGAGCCCUGAGAUCCCUGUCAGAAACAUUACUUUCCGCAACAUGUCAGUUGGAAUAACUUACAAGAAAAAGCGAAUCUUCCAGUGUUCUUUUAUCCAAGGACGUGUGGUCGGAAAAAUUUUUCCUGCCCCGUGCGAAGAACUUGAUGUGUAUGAUGAAGAAGGCCAUCUUCUCAGGCAGGGAAUUUCUCGAAAUAGUACAAGAGACACUGCGAGAACUGGCACAGAUGUAGACUAUGAUUAACAAGUACAUAUUGGAUUGAAACUUUGGUGGAUUUUUUGGUAUGGCAAAUGCCGAUAAUUCAGUUCAGAGAUUGAGCAGAACACAUGGUGCUGAGCAUUGUUAUUUGAGUUGAUGAUGAAAUUGGAAGACGACAAGAAGGCAAGACAAGGUUGUAAGAAGUGAGGGGAGAGUACAAAUUUGUUGGAUUCUGAAAGAGCUCAAAUUAUAUGCUAAUACUAUUCUGUAAAGAAAGAGGCAGAGGAAGAGAAUUAGAAGAUGUGAAUGUAUGAGAAGUUCAAACAGGUAUCGUAUCUAUCACCUUGUGGUAAGAAAAAAGAAAAAGUAACGAGUUGAAUUGUUGACUUCUUGUUGGUAAGUACCACGACUGUUGGUAAUUAUCACGAUUGGAUGCUAUGUUAACAUUGUUGUUUGGUUGUCCCACAUUGCAUAUCAUAUACUACUUCAGUUAUCUAAAUUUAUGCCCGUUU